AACGUUGGACAAACCUGUUUGCGCUGAGUUCCCCCACUAGCUACUGUUCUUACCCGGAGGGGAAACUGUCUGUGUAGAGGGUCUUUGGCAUCGUCUGUGAAAGAUUCGUGUCCUUUUCUGUUCUUUUAUUUGUUAAUUUGGCGUGAAAUUUGAAUUUGUGGCGCGAUGGCAACAGAGCAUGGCGACCAACUCGUUCUCACCGGGAAAGACGAAGCGACGCUCAGGGAAAUGCUGGAAUCUUGCACUGAUCUCUCGGAGCGGAAGAAGAUUCGAGCGGCGAUUCGAGAGGUCAUUUGCCGCGAGGAUGUGAGCACGGCGAGACCAGCGUCCAAGAGGCAUGAGAAGAGCAAGUGGCCGUCUGACAAGGAAGCUAAGGAAAAUAGAGCCCCGGUGAUCAGCAGAACUUCUCGACCCAUUCACAACGUAGGUAGAAGUGGAGGUAGAGCCAAGAUGGAUACCAGAGAGAAACAAGAGGCCGGCACGGAAACUCAUGUCAAUGGGGAUGGUGCUGGACACUCCACCAAGGCACUAGAAGACAUUGACAACGAAGAGGAACUUCUUCAAAUGGACGUGACCCCAUCAUGUAGUGGUUUAAUUGAGAUCAGACCUCACACCUCGCUAAGCCACUUUCUAAAGAUCAGUGUCUUCUUUACACCUCUCUCCUGUCAGCUAAGGGAUACUACUGACUACAGGCAGAGGAAAGAGAUCCGUCUGGCCAUCAGAGCGCUCAAGAGGCAGUCUGAGGGUGAAACUGAAGAAGUAGAGAAGUCCCGUGCUCGCAGACCAAGCGGUGGAAGAAGGACGAGUACCGAUCGCUCGCAUCCUUCUGGAACUGUUACCGGAUUGGCCGCCAGGAAAGGUAGCACGAGCGGGAGCCGACAGCAGGGCAGGAGGAACAGCGGCCAUCUUGUGGCCUGUAGGAGCGGAGACCGAGGGGAGGCAGAGGGGAGGAGGACACCAGGAACUAACAACAGCUCGCACAAGGUUCUUGAAAGGAAGAAGAGUCAGGAGAAGCCGAGUUCGAGAAAAAACAGCGAAGACGGCGGUGAGAGCUCUCGUCUGCCUGCCAGUCCCACACAGAGGAGCAGGAGGAAGUCCAGUUCCUCCAGCGAGACCUCGAGACUCGGGAGACAUCCCUCGAUAGAAAUAGAAGACAUUCAAGAUGAAGCUGUUCUACUCAAAAUGGUAAAGGAGACGGGCGAUGUAGAAGAGAAGCGAAGACUGCGAGCGAGAAUCAGAGCCGUUCGGAGACUGAGUCGCGACAGAAAAGACCUUGUAGCAGCCGAAGCCCAAGGUGAGAAGUCGACUGCUGAGGGAGAGGGUGAUUUACCACAAGCCAAGGAGGAACCAGAGAACCCAGUUGCCACGGAAACCAUGGAAUGUGCACAGGAAGUUCCAGACGUUCACCCUAACGGUCUGACCAAUGGGGACUCUGAUACGUCUUCCGCCAAAGUUGAGGAAGUUCAAGACAGUGGUGAGGACGACCUGUCUUCUAAGACAGAAGAAGACCUUCAGUACAUGCUCCUGGUGUGUACUGAUUAUGACGAGAGGAAAAAGAUCCGACAAGCCUUACGAGCUGCAAAGAAAAAUGGGCAACCCACAGGGUCAGCUGCCAAACAAGCCACCGCAGCAGGAAGCGUUCAAGAUAGCCACAAGCCUUCAACGUCUCUGGGGAGGGCAAAAACCAGUGAGAGGAUCGGCAAGCUGACUGAAGCCGCCGCCGGGAAAAUGGAAAAUGGGACGACGGCUAAGAAAAGUGAAUCUUACAGGAGAGACAUGAAGAAAAUUUCGGAGGGUAAGGUGGCAAGCCUUGGGAACAAGUGGGAAGCCUUUGUUGACAAGUCUAACCCAUUUGGACGAAGAAACAGUAACAGCAUAGAGACUGAUGAUAAGGGAAAAGGCACUGUGCCUUCUGCUAAAGAAAGAGGUGCUUCUGCUUCAAAAACUGUCCAAAAUGGGAAGUCGGAAAGGUCAGAAAAGCCAGCAGAAAAGGGGAACGACGAAAAGUUGACGAAAUUGAGUGCUGAGAAAGAAAAGUCAAAUGAUGAAAAGGUCUCUGUUGAAGAGAAGAAAAAAGCAGUGAAAAAGAAUGCUGGCAAUGUGACACCUGUCAAGGAGUCAAAAUUUUCUUUCAAGUUGAAGUCAGAAAAGGAGCCAGAAGAGGAAGAGAACAGUCAAGAACUUCAGAAAUCAAAUGUUGAGAAGGAGAAGCCACAAGACGAUCAGACCUCCCUUGAAAAGAAGAAACAGGGUGUGAAAAAGAAUGCCGGUAAUGUUACACCUGUGAAAGAGUCAACGUUUUCUAUAAAGUUGAAGACAGAAAAGUCAGCAGAGGAUGAGGGCAGCCAGAAGUCAAAUGCUGAGAAGGAAAAGCCACAAGAUGACCAAGUCUCCCAUGAAAAGAAGAAACAAGGUGUGAAAAAGAAUGUUAGCAAAGUGACACCUGUCAAAGAGUCGACGUUGUCUGUAAAGUUAAAGUCAGCAGGAAAAACGGAAGAAAAGAAAACCAGCCAACAGCCUGAGAAAGACAAGUCUGAAGAUGACAACACAUCUGCCAAAGAGAAGAAGCAACCCGUAAAAGCAAAUGCCGCCAGUUUGACAACCAAGGAAUCAAACUUGUCAGUAAGCCUGUCAAAGAAGGGAAAAAGUUGGGAGGGCUUGCUAAAAGACAAACCUAAACGUCAUCGAGUGUUUAGAUUGGAUGGACAGGAAGAUAAAGACUCUGUUCAAGAAGAAGAGGACACAGAGGCUCCCUCUAUCAGUGAAGAGGAAACUGCACCUGUAGAACCCCCUGUCAGCACGAGGUACAGUGCAAAGAAAAAUGUUGAUGAUGAGAAGAGUGACGAAGAGGAAAAACCAGCAUCUUCUGGAAACAAGUGGGACAAAAUGUUCUUUGGAAAGUCAAAGGUCAGAAAGAUCAAGAUCAAUGAGGACACUCUGAAUGGCUUACCCAGGGCAAGGGUCAAAAGUGAGGAUAGUGAGGCUGACAAGGAUGACUUGAUGGCAACAGCAGACCAGGAGGCUUCAGGUGAUACAGAGGAAGAGAAAGAUGUGAGGGAUGAUGCAGAGGAGGAUGGAGAAGUAAUUGCAAAUGGAGAGCCGCUUACUGGUGCAGGACUAUUGGCAGACACGGAGUCAGCUGGUGACGAUGCUGAUUCAGAGAAAAACUUUGACACUAAGGAGUACACAGAGGAACUGUCUGACACGGAAGCAGACCUUGACUUACUGGUGGAAACAGACACCGAAAGUGGCUCUGCCGCAGAGGACAACAUAUCAUCAAUGACUGCAGAUGCAGUCUCAGAAGUACAGGAGGACAAUAAAUCUCCACCCUGUGUAAAUACCACCCCAUCGCAUACUUCGGAAACAGGCACAACCAUAAGCGGCGUAAACAGAGAUAAGAAAACAAACCAAGCCGGCGACCGGAUUAUACAGGAUGCAGAAGUGGAGGAAGAAUCUAGUGAACAAGACAUGGAGUCCGUUAUGAUCCUAGACGAUGAGGAACUUGCUGACAUCGAGGAAGAAGUCGGAGAAGAUCAAACGACAGAAUCCGAAAGCAAAGAAGAUGACGAGGCAGUGGAAGAAGGUGACCAACAAGAAGACCUUAAGGAUGAAGUUACGCCUCAAGAGACUCCAGAGGAAUCUCAAGACGGUCCUGUAAGCUCCUCCGCAGCUGAAGCUGAAGAAGAUCGUAGUGAAGAGACAACUUGUGGUGAAGACAGCAAGGCUGAAGUGUCCCCAGAAGAGGCCAACAGUACUUCUGAGGCAACAGCAGAAGUUGACAGCUCCAGUACAAAAGAAGAGGUAAAGGACCCUGAUCCCAAGUCCCAGGACAGAAGCUGUCUGAAGAAGCGAAUGGCAGACGAGGGUCAAGAGGUCAAGGUCACGUCAGCCAACCUGGACAACCUGGACAGCAUCGAGGAUGAGGAGCAGCUGGAGAAGCUGCUUGAUCAGACAACAGAAUACGACGACCGGAAGAGGAUCCGGGCAGCCUUACGUGUACUACGGAAGAAGAAAAGAGAAGGCCUGCUGAACCACACAGUGUCCAAAGUGCUGUCCAACCUACAGGACAAUCAGAGUAAGGUUAACAACAACCACAUCACCAAGGGAGACAAGGAGCGGAAGGGUCUCAAGACUGAGGCUCUGACCAAAAGAUUCUCAGAGAAACCUUCAGAAAGACUGAGUUCUGCGAGACAGGCAGACAGAAAGAAGGAACAGGAUCAGCUGAACUCCAGGCUCAAGGCAAGGGAGGACAAGAAGGAGGAGAAACCGCAGAAGAAGGAAGAGAAGGACAAGAUGGCGACGACUUCUGUUAAAAAAACAGUAGAACGUUCUUCUGGUGGGACAACCACACGCACCACAACAGAGACUGUUUCUGAUGGUGGUGGCAGCGUGCGGUCCAAGACUGUCGUCACCAGUCAGACCAAGAGCUGGGGCGGGUCGGGAGGAGCGGCUGCACCAGGUGGUUCCAAGAUUGGCAGCGUGUUCGACAGGGAAGAGGCUCCCAGGCCGAGGAAGGCGGCGCACCAGAUCGACCGGCAGCUGGCGGAGAAGAAGAAGGAGAUGGACAGACUGAAGGCGGCCGGGCGCAGCCACAGCAUGAAGGCUGCCAAGUCUGCAUUCAUCCAGAAACUCGAGGGAGAUGCUCCAAAAACUGGAGGAAAACCUGGUCGAAGGCUGCUUAUUGAUGUGUUAAGUGGUACUAACCUGAAGCGUAGCUUCAGUACCCCGGCCAGACCAGGCGCGUCCCGUGUGCCGAACGCCAGCGCUGUGAAGGACAUGCUGCUGAGAUGGUGCCGCUCCAAGACUUCAGGAUAUGAUCAUGUGGAAAUCUCCAACUUCUCGACCAGCUGGAACGAUGGGAUGGCCUUCUGCGCCCUCAUCCACCACUUCUUCCCAGACGCCUUCGACUACGAGUCCCUUGACCCCAAGAACAAGGCACACAACUUCAAGUUGGCCUUCGACACAGCAGAGAGUGAAGCAGACAUCAUGCCCCUUCUGGAGGUACAGGACAUGAUCGACAUGGGGGAGAAACCAGACUGGCGCUGCGUCUUCACGUACGUCCAGUCACUCUUCAACAACCUCAGAAGACUCGAGGCAAAGGGACUGGUACCUCGGGGAGGGCAGAGACAUCAACCUGUAGACAACGAUGAUAGUGAUGAUGAGGACGAUCCGCCCAUGUUUGCCGCUUCUUCUGUUAAAGUGAAGACGUUUUAAAGAGUGACGCUUUAAUAUCUCUUUUAGAAACAUACAUAAGUUAUUAUGAGUGCUGGCAAACGUGUGACCUAUUGCUCAAGUAGCAGUUAUCUUAAAAUUUUUGGGGCUUUCUUUUUUUUCAAGCCAUAGUACUGCAUUCUUACAGAUUUUGAAAUCAGUCUUUUGUGAUAAUUGAAACUGAAUGUGUGAUCCUAAACUUUAUUCCUGCAGAGUUAUGUUGAAAACAACUUUGGAAGCAUUUGAACAAUUGGUCACCAACAGCAUACUAGUACAUAUACAUGUAAUAUAGAUAAUAUACACUACGGUUAUGGAUAUCAAAUGUUGAGAGAGAGCACCCGAGUGUUGCAAUACGAAAAGAUAUUUUAUACCACUGCACGUGCCUUUUAGAUGAUGUAAGAGUUACGCCAUGUGAAAUAUAGUGUAAGGCCACUAUAGAAGUGCAACAGAAGUGUUUUUCUAUCCAAGCCAACUAUUAAACAUGUAAGCUGUUGAACGACUUUUUUAAGAAUCAUGCAACUGUUGAAGAUUGGACGCGAUUAUGGAUAGAAAAGUUUUUACUUCAGAAUUGUGGUACCAUGAUUGUUGUGCAGUUGAUUUAACAGGUUAUAGAGUUUACUGAAGAAGGGUGACAAGUUUUAUAAGAAGAAUCUGCCAUGUCAUGUAUGCCUCCUAGUGGACGUACAAGGAACUGCAGCGCACCUGUACAUAGUGCAAGGCACACUCUGUAUCCAACUACUGUAUGUUAUUUUGAUACAUUGUUGCAGUAAGUUCAAUGUAUUUGUACCAUAAUGUCAACAUUUUUAACAUGUCAGGUUUUUAUAUCAUCAUGUAUAGAGGGAGAUAUAUGUCUUUUAUUUAACCAACCCAUUUAAACAGCACUGAACAUUUUACUGGGCAAGAGUCUUAGAUAAGAUUUAUACAGUAGUGACAGAAUCCUUGGGAUUGAAAGUUUUUAAACUGCUUCAUGUACAUUUUAGAUAGACUUCUGUCCAGUUUACACAGGUAUCAUUGCAAAUCAUGAAGAGAUAGUUACUUGGGCCCAGGCCUGCUUGGGCCUGAGAUGAAAGGUUCUAGUCUCAUGCAUGUAGAUAGGCAAUAAUGCAAACAAAGCAAUAAUCCUGUAUACAUUCAGGGCUACUGUACAGAUACAGAUACAAAGGCACCAUGUAAUGUAAUAUCACUGUUGUAAUAUCCACAAAAUACUGAAGUCUUAUGCAGCUGGUAACAAAACACAUGCUUGCCAACUGUGCAAAACUACAUUAAGUUUGUAGAGUUUCUGAAGAAAAUGGGGUCUGAUGUAUCUUCAAAGAUGAAAUAUCAUGUACAAUGUGUAUUAUCUAAUUUUGCACUGCUAAAUUCAUGUAAUCAAAUGGGGACAAAUAACAGCAAGGGCUUUUGUGGGGAGAUCUAGAAAUGUACUCCAUGUCUCUGGCAAAGGGGGGAAGUUUUGGGGACCGUUGAAAUGACAUGUGAGUAAAUCAGUUGGUAAAGUUAAAAAAAAUGUAUCUAAUGCAAAAAGAGGUCAGUACAGUGUAAAUAAGUGCAAAAUGUCCAAAAGUUUUAGGUUAUUACCAUCAGAUAGGAAUAGGAGCUGAAGUGUUAUUGGAAGCUUUUUUUAUGAAAGUUAUACCUGUAUUAUUUCCACCUCAGAGGUUAUCCGAAUGCACCAUGCAUGGAGUGUUCAGUACCACACUUUUGUGCACCGUUUUGCUUCUCCAGAGGAGCAUGAAUGAUUACGAAUAAAAGCCAUGAAGUGAUGGAA